AUGGCACAUAACCAUAAUCGAAGAGGUGGAAGUAGUAAUGGUGGAAGCGAUGGAAUUAGUCCAUCGAAAAGAAAAGAAACAAUAAAAAUCGGCGAAUAUGCCUUGGGUGAUAAAAUUGGAAAAGGUGCAUAUGGACAAGUCUAUAAAGGAUUACAUUCGAAAACUGGUGAUUUCGUGGCGAUUAAACAAAUCGAUAGAAUCAAAAUCGAUGCAAAUACACUGCAGUCUGUGAAAUCAGAGGUGGAGAUUCUCCAGAAACUCAAUCAUAACAACAUUGUAAAGGUGUUGGGCUGUGUAGAGUCACAGUCACAACUCAAUUUUAUUUUAGAGUACGUCGAAAACGGCAGUCUGAGGGAUGUCCUCGAGAAGUUUGGUCCGCUCAGCGAGGAGCUGGCCACACUCUAUCUCUACCAACUACUCCACGGACUUGCCUAUCUCCACUCGAAUCGUAUCAUACAUCGUGAUAUCAAGUGUUCCAAUGUGUUGAUCACCAAGGAGGGUAUUAUAAAACUUGCGGAUUUCGGUGUUGCCAGUCAGCUGAGCGAUGAAGUGCAGCUGCGUUACAGUGUGGUGGGAACACCCUACUGGAUGGCGCCAGAAGCCAUCCAAAUAGCUGGCCAAUCCAGCUCCAGUGAUAUUUGGUCGUUGGCGUGCACAGCGAUCGAGCUAACCACUGGAAAUCCGCCAUACUACAACCUGCAGCCAAUGUCUGCGAUGUUCAAGAUUGUUCAGGAUCCACAUCCACCCUAUCCACCCGGAAUCUCAAAGGAAUUGGAAGACUUUUUGAAUGUUUCCUUCGAGAAGGAUCCCAAUAAGAGACCGACCGCCACCGAACUCAUUAAACACCCAAUUUUCAAAAAGAUAAACAGUCAGCUGCCUACACUCUCUGAGCUACAGGACACGCUAAAGACACUCAACGGCAGAGCUGGCAAGCUAAGAGCGUCCGUUGUCUCCAUGGAUUGGAGCAGUGGAGGCAGCGCCAAAAGUCUUACCGAGUCGGGAAGUUCCACGUCGUCGAGCGUGUCGAGAAUGGACGAUGAGAUCGUAACCAAACUACAGUCAACGAUUACACAACAGACUGCGACCAUCGAGAAGAUGACAGAGGAAAUAAACACACUGAAGAAAGAAGCACAGGACAAGCCAUUCAUGGAGGAACAUCAGUUUUAUCGCGAGUAUUUCAUGGCGCUGGCGAUCAGUGUAAAAGUAAACCAAUGUUACCUCGGAAAGAGUUAUGAACAGGUCAGUCUGCAGAACCUCUACGAGUUGGCGCGUGCACAAGACAUCCCAUGGUACAGUCUAAUGGAGUGGAUUCCCAAGCAAAUCAUCAUGAAAGAGGAAGCUGUUGCUCCAGACACAAAGACCUCUCAGAAAGGAUCAAGAUUAUCAAAGAAAUUUGGUUUAAAAAGUCCGACAAGUUUUACUAAAUCAGUGAGGUCGAGUUUGGCCACCGCCUUGUUGGUGGCAAUCAUGGCCGUUGUCAUCGUAAGUGGAGAAAGCAAUGGCAUUCUCGAUGUUCAUGAAGUCUCAGCCGCCAGAGACUUGAGCAAUGAUGAUUGUUCCUCAGACAGAGACAAAGUUACUGGAUUAACUUUAGAGGGUGUUCCAUCAGCUUCUGGAUGUACACCAUUAGUAAAUAAUGGAAAUUACUUACUAAGCUCCACAUACUGGGGUUAUUUCACAAGUUUAACAAAUGUUACUUUUAUCAAUGCUGAUUUCUCUAAUAGAGUACCUAAACCACUUUAUUCUCUUUCAAGUUUAAGAGGAUUCCAAUUCUAUGGUCAAAAAUGUAGAUCCAACUUUAACCAAGGUGGUGAUAUAAAUGACAAUAUCGAUAACAUUUAUGUAGAGAAUGCAGUCGGAAAUUUCCCAACUUUGAACAACGAACUUAAAAAUAUUUUUAUUGCACAGGCUACCGGACCAUCUUCUAACCUUGUUCUUAGUAAAUUUGGAGAUAUCUUCUCAAAUAAUUUGGUAAACUGUGAAAUUUAUGUCAAUACUCCAAUUCCAUACACUGGAACUUUCACUACCAGUCAAACAUUAUCCAAAGCUCCAUAUUUAAGAAAAUUCGCACUUCAAGCACCAGGAUUGGCAACUCAAUUCUCAAGUUUUUCAAGUCUUCCAAAUCAAUUGACUUAUCUUCAUUUGAGAUCAUUGCAAUUGAACGAUCCAGGAUUCCCUUCAUAUGCUUCAAUGUCAAACGGUUGGAGAAAUUUGGUAACUCUUCGUCUUGAAAAUCUUACAUUUACAGGUACAAUGGACAGCCAAUUCUUCUUCCUCCCAUCACUCACUCGUUUCCAUUUGACUGAUAACCCAUCGCUUAACCUUACCAUUCCAACUACCUAUGGAGAUAACUCCAAGAUUGUCUAUCUCUACCUAUCAAACACCGGUAUCACAGGAACCGUUCCAGAUAACAUUCUCGGACCAGAUCAAACCCUCCAAGUUUUCUAUUUAACCAAUGUACAAGGAUUGGUCGGAACUAAACUUCCAGAGUUGUUCCUUUGUCUUCCACCAUCAUACCUCACCGGAAACACCAUCCCAGCCUAUGUCUUUGAUAAUGUCACUUUCAACAACUACCAAGGUCCAGAUACCGCCAGAAAUUGCGAUCCAGUUAUUUCAUCGAUCACCAAUCCAAUCCUAUCAAACUCAACUUUCUUCACCAUUAUCGGUAAGAAUUUCGGUGACCGUCCAAACAUUGUUAUGACCAGUACCGCCGGUGAAUACUACACUGUCAACAGUAACUACAUUAAUUCCAACACCAUGUUGUGUAACACUCCAGUUUUCCUUCAAGGCAAAGGUAAUCUACAAUUGACAUCGACCAUCGGUUUGAACUCCAAGGUAGUCACUAAAGACUACACCUUCAAUCCACCAACCAUCGUCUCUAUUUCCUCGCCACCAACAUUAGGUGGUUGGGUUACCCUUACUGGAUACGAUCUCCUUCCAUUCAGCAACGUAAACUCCAGAGAUUCCAACGUCAGAAUCGGUCCAACUCUCUGUCAGAAUCUUACUUCACUCACUGUUUUCACUCAGAUGUCAUGCUGGAUGCCACCAAGCAUCAUUUCCAACCUCGAUGUCAUCGUCAAUGUCAAAGGAUUAACCAACGACGUAACAAACACACCGAAAUUCUUCUACCGUUCACCAACUGUACAGACUUCGAUUGCCGUCGUUCCCAACGUUGCAACCAACCUCACUAUCACCGGUGCCGAUUUCUGGAAUGAGUUGGAUACCAUCACUGUCAACAUCCCACUACCACAAAACAACGUGACUUGCAAUGUCACCUUUGUAAAUCACUAUAUCUUGGUAUGCUCAUUUCCAGCCACCGGAUUUGCACCUGGAACAUUCGACCUCCAAGUUACCGUUGCCGGACUAACCUCUGCCCGUAACAAUCUAUUCGCUUUUAUCGACACACAAAUCUGUCCAAACUCAUGUGGUGGACCAGCGAACGGUCUAUGUAAUGUCGGUCUCGGUCUAUGCAAUUGUGUCAACCAGAUUGCCGGUCCAUCGUGUGCCGAAGGAACAGCACCAACUCAAUUCCAAACACCGGGAAUCAACAAUACCAUUCCAAGACUCACCCUCAACUCACCAAACAACGAUACAACCCUCAGUGUCUACCUCUACUCGAUCUUUGAGAACAACGCUGAAACCAUCAUUCCAUCAUGGGUCCAAACCUACGAUCCCCACGCCAACUCCUUCCAGUAUGCCUGGCAGUCAGGUGGUCGUACUCUCACCGUAGUGAUCCGUCCAAACAACGAGACAACUCCACCCGAUGUCGUCGGUCCAGGUGCCACUCUCAACGUCUUCAACAACACCUUCACCUAUCAAGUCAACUAUCAGACCGACAACUCAUUCGGUGACGUCCAAUUCAAACUGCAAAUGGAUGUCUACCCCGAGGAAUGCACUGCACCCGCCAUCAACUAUGCCUAUCCAACGCUCUCAACCAAUUCCUCAGUUCACUGGCUGACCAUCACCAAAUUCAAGACAAAGUGGUUCGCACGUUUCCCAAUGGUCGCUACGAUCAACGGUGGUGGUGGUUCGAUUAACACUACCAAGGGUGUUGCCGAUGGUCUGUCUAACCGUCUCAUCGUCGACGUCGUAAACAACCAGCCAAUUAGCACCGUCAAUUUCGAAUUCGACUUUAGCUCGCUCGCUACCACCGAAUCACGUACACCAGUCACAGAGAACUGUAACCCAGAGAACAACGGUAACAACAACAACGGUGGUGACUCCUCCUCCAACAAAUGGAAGAUCGUCGUAGGUGUAGUCGUUGGUGUAGUGGGUGCUGCCAUCAUCCUUUUGGGUGGUGCAUACAUCUACAAACAACAAAUGAAACUCAACGAAACCAAGAGUCUUCUCGAUAAGAAAUUAAGAUCACUUAACAACGAUCUAUAA